CCUUGACGGCAUUUCUUGUAAACCAGUGGCUGCAGCUCCCAAGGCUGCAGCCCGCUAGAUACCAUUUGCUUUGUGAUAAAUAGGAUUCACAUAAUAAUUUCUGGCUUUUAUUAAUGCUUUUAAUCUGCAGACCUCAGGAGCACUCAGGCAGGGAGAGGUGAGCCAGAGAAAACCAGGAGACACAGAGAUGCUCAGAAAAAAAGGAAGGAAGCAGAGAAAAGGGUUUUGUGAUUGGAGCUGAAGGCAGCACGAGGACUUGCGCCCAGCCCGGGGCCGCUGGCUCCUGGGAGCACCGCUGAGCCGGCGCGGCGCUGCCUGGGCCAGGGGCCCCUCGUAACCCCUCGACGCCAGAAGAGGCUCAUCCUGUGGCUGUGGUAGCGCUCGGGAGUCGGGUACGGGAAGCCGCCCGCGUCCUGGAUGUGAGCGACAGAGGUGACCAGACAACCCGGGCGUAUUCCUCUUCCUUUGCUUACAGAAACCGGCCCCUCAUUACGCCACUGGUGCUCGAGGAGAUAGCUGGUCUGCUGAGCCUUCCCAGGGGCAGCAUCCCUCUGCCCUGCUCGCUGACCCCGUGGGGCCGCGUCCGUGCCGCUGGCCUGGCUGUGCCGCAGCUCGCCUUUGGGCUCAGAGGCCCGGCCCUGGUCAUCAGCUCUGCCUGGUAACGAAUAAAUCCAACAGUCUCAGUUUCAAAGGCACCUCUGUUUCCUUCACCCCAGCAAUGGCUCUCAGUCAUCCAGUCUUGCCAAAGAAAAAUUCAUGAGAUCAUUUCCCCAAAACAACAAGAUACUUCAAAAUUGUAAUUAAAAUACCUCUGGCUGUUCUAAUAUUAAGCCUUUAUAAGUGCUUGGAAUAAUAUUUCAUAUAAAUGGAAAAGCUCUGUAGUCCGUAACCGUAACAUACCCUUCUUCUAGUGAAACAUCAAAUCCUCCACGUACGUUGAAAAUACUCUUCCCUGUUUGGUUCUUCAACGACAUGAACGCGUCCACCUCCCGUGGGGCUCGGUGGUGAAUGGAGCCCUUCCCAGGGGCCUGUAUCGAUUUGCUUCAUGACAUUAAUACCUUCCAAUGUACCGGCAGCAAGAUCCUACACAUGAAUACUAAAUGGGAGGCUGUUGUGCCCCAGAGGCUGUUGUCCUGCUGGACUCGAAGGAAUCGCAAGCGGAGCUGGGCUGGACGUCGCACCCGUCGAACGGGUGGGAAGAAAUCAGCGGGGUGGAUGAGAAUUACAAGCCCAUACGCACGUACCAGGUCUGCAACGUCAUGGAGCCAAACCAGAACAAUUGGCUGCAGACAGGCUGGAUUGCCAGGCGCGACGGCCAGAGGAUCUUCAUCGAGCUGAAGUUCACCCUGAGGGAUUGCAACAGCAUCCCUGGCGUGACAGGCACUUGCAAGGAGACUUUCAAUCUGUACUACGUCGAGUCUGACUCUGACCUGGGCCGUAGCAUCCGCGAGAGCAAGCACACCAAGAUUGACACCAUUGCUGCUGAUGAGAGCUUCACGCAGGGAGACCUGGGUGAGCGCAAGAUGAAGCUGAACACCGAGCUGAGGGAGAUUGGGCACCUGAGCAAGAGAGGCUUCCACCUGGGCUUCCAGGAUGUGGGCGCCUGCGUGGCGCUGGUCUCCGUGCGGGUCUAUUACAAGAAGUGCCUCGCCACUGUGCAGAACCUGGCUGUGUUUCCGGACACGGUGGCGGAGACGGCCUUCGCGACUUUGGUGGAAGUUAAGGGCGCUUGUGUCGCUCAUGCCGAAGUGGACGUGGAUAAUCCCCCCAGGAUGCACUGCAGCGCGGAGGGCGAGUGGCUGGUCCCCAUAGGGAAGUGCACGUGUGGUCCCGGCUUCGAGGAGAAGGACGGGGGAUGCAGAGCUUGCCUUCCUGGAUUUUACAAGCUUUCCCUCCGUCUCCCUUUCUGCUCUCCUUGCCCUGAGCACAGCUUCACGCAUGAGGAAGCCUCCACGUUCUGUUCCUGCCAGAAGAACUACUCCAGGUCCCCGUCAGACCCACCAUCUGCCUCCUGCACACGUCCACCUUCUGCCCCGAGGAACCUGGUCUACAGCCUGCGGCAGUCUUCGCUGGUCCUGGAGUGGAGUGCCCCUGCUGACGCGGGCGGCCGGAGCGACCUGACCUACAGCCUGUGGUGCGGCCGGUGCCCGGCGGCCCUGCGGGGCCGCUGUGAGCAGUGCGGCAGCGGCGUGGGCUUCGUGCCGCAGCAGACGGGGCUCGUGGACCGGACUGUCACCCUGGUGAACCUGCUGCCUCACGUCAACUACACCAUCCGUGUGGCGGCUGUCAACGGUGUCUCGGGCAUCAGCCCGCUGUCGGGGCAGCAGUAUGCCGAAGUCAACGUCUCCACCGGUCUUGCAGUGCCGACUCCUGUCACCGACAUCCGCACGGAUAAGGUCGAGCAGAAGAGCAUCUCCCUGUCGUGGCAGGAGCCGGGCUUCCCAACAGCCAACGGCACCGAGUACGAGGUCAAGUACUAUGAGAAGGAUCAGAGAGAUCAAAGUUACUCAACUGUGAAAACCACAUCAACAGCCGUGACAGUCAAUAACCUGAAGCCUGGCACCCUUUAUAUUUUCCAAAUCCGGACAUCUUCCUCGCCCGACUAUGGAAGCUACAACCCUAGUAUUGAAGUGGAGACGCUGGCAGAGCUGACGGUGGCCUCCAGCGAGCAGAGCCCUGUCCUCAUCAUCGCGGUGGUGGCCAUCGCAGGGCUGACGGUGCUGGUGUCCAUGGUGAUCGGCGUGAUGGUCUGGAGGAGACAGUGUGGGUACAGCAAAGCCAGCCAGGACGGGGAUGAGGAGCUGUACUUCCAUUUUAAAAUACCAACCAGGAGGACGUACAUCGACCCUGACACUUGCGAAGACCCCAUGCAGGCUGUGCACCUCUUUGCCAAAGAGCUGGAUAACGCUAAUAUCAAAAUUGAGAGGGUCAUUGGGACAGGAGAGUUUGGAGAAAUCUGCCGGGGAUGCCUGAAGCUGCCCAGCAAGCGAGAGCUGCCGGUGGCGAUCCAGACCCUGCGGGCAGGGUGCUCGGAGAAGCAGCAGCGCUGCUUCCUGGCGGAGGCGUGCACCAUGGGCCAGUUCGACCACUCCAACGUCAUCCGCCUGGAGGGGGUCGUCACCAGAGGGAGUACCAUGAUGAUAGUGAUGGAGUACAUGGGGAACGGCGUGCUAGACUCUUUUCUCAGGAAACACGAGGGACAGUUCACAGCCACCCAGCUCGUUUGCAUGCUGCAGGGGAUUGCCUCUGGCAUGAAGUACCUGGCAGAGAUGGGUUACAUACACAAAAGUCUUGCUGCCCACAAAGUGCUUGUGAACAGCAGCCUGGCUUGCAAAAUAACUGGUUUCAGACGGCCACAAGAUGAUAAGAUGGAGACCAUCUUCUCCACCAUGCGUGGGAAGAGCCUAGUGCUGUGGUCGGCCCCCGAAGCCAUCCAGUAUCACCACUUCAGCCCGGCCAGUGACGUGUGGAGCUUCGGCAUCGUCAUGUGGGAGGUCAUGUCCUACGGCGAGAGACCCUACUGGGACAUGUCCAACCAGGACGUGAUGAAGGCCGUGGAGGAUGGGUUCCGCCUGCCCGCCCCGGUGAACUGCCAGCCGCCCCUCCACCAGCUCAUGCUCGACUGCUGGCAGAAGGACCGCAGCCAGAGACCCAAGUUCUCUCACAUUCAUAACAUCCUGAGCAAGAUGGUGCAGAGCCCAGAGCCCCCAAAGUGCCCCAGCUCCACGUGCACCAGGUCCCACAGCACGUCCAUCCCCCUCACCGAGCGUACCUUCUCAGCCUUUCCCUCUUUCAGCUCCGUGGGAGAGUGGCUGGAAGCGAUAGAAAUGGGCAGGUACAAAGACAGCUUCACCGCUGCGGGCUACUGCUACCUGGAAUCGGUGGCCAGGAUGACGGCCCAAGAUGUCCUCAGCCUGGGGAUCACGCUGGUGGAGCACCAGAAGACCAUCCUGAGCGGGAUCCAGACUCUCCGGGCCCAGGUGAUCCAAAUGCAUGGCCGAGGCGUGCAGGUGUGAAGCAGCCCCCUGCAGACGUGCAGAGCACUGACCCGGCGCUCCUGGGAAGGAGGCAGCCAGCCGGCCCCAAACCGGACCAAAUCUCUGAAACCUCACGGUUUCGGGUGGGAUGUAGGGAAUCGCUGGGCUGCUGCCAAACAAGUCAUUCCACAUGGCAAGAGAGCAGGGCUUCCCGUCCCCCGUGCCAGGGAAGGCAAGGACUCCUGGGACGUGUGCGGUGCGCCUAGGUGGAUGUGGCUCUCCCUAGCACUGCUUUGUAAGAUGAGUCAAACUGUAAUGAUGCCGUUUCAUAUGGUAAUUAGGUUAACAGGGUGGAUGGACAUUUGUGCACUGUCUUAAUCCAGAGCUGACAGCAUUUUCGUAUUGAGCAUCCUACUGGUGAAAUCCAUGGGUAUUUUUAUACAAGCUGACAUGUUCUAGCAACCCCACAAGGAGCUUUUAUUGCUUUUAUUUUUAGAGACCGGAGCACAGCUCACACCCAGCACCCAACUUCUGGAAGGUUAUUUUCCCCAUCUGCUGUGCUGAAGGAAACUUCCCCAGCCGUGUCCCUUCCGCUCCAAGAGUUAGUUCACUGAGUCUUGACACCACAGUUGGUGAACAAAAACAAAUAUUCUCCACUGAAGUGCAGAACAAAUGGUGCUGAAUAUUUCUAAGGCUCUCUUGACAAGACAGUUUGAGGGGAGGAAAUGAAAAGCUUUGAUGAAGAGAGCCAUAGCCACGGGAGGGCAAGCAGUGGAGCCCUUGGGCUGCCCUGCUGAUGCUCUCAGCCUUUGCUGCCUUUCGUGCAGGUCCCAGUCCCUUGUUUUGCUGCAGGAGCCCAGCGGUGGGGUGGGAACUUACAGACCAGAGCAACAGCAGGCAGCCCUCUGCUGCCCGCAGGCAGACUGAGCCCGCAGGCAGAGACCUGCCACCCGUGCGGGACCGAGGCUAAAGCAUCUGUUGCUGCUUCAGCCGUUCUUCCCUGAUUCCUGCCUUGCAGUUUUGCGGGCAAAGCAUCCUGCGUCUUGCCUUCGCUGGCUUUGUGGGCAGCCGUGAUGGGCUCUGACUGCUGUCCCCUAGGCAAAGCAGGCAGAGCGUUGCUGCGUGCCGUGGGCUGAUGCCGGAGCCUGGGGACUCCCUGCUAUCAGCUGAGCUGGAGCGUCCCGCUCAGAGGUGCCUGCUCUGCCUCGGAGCUGUACGUGGAGGGGUGCUCUUCCCUCUCUGGGUCUGCAGGCUUUUGCAGGGAAAGGCUUUAUGAACAGCACUAACUGAAUGUGCAGCGGCAGAAAGGAACCUCCCAAUUCAUCCAAAAUGGGAUGAAAACCUGGGAAUUGGUUUGGAGUCCAAGGGACAGCGGGCAUAGCAGUGCUUUGGGUGGAUGCUUCCCGUGUCUGCUGUGGCAGCGUGCCCCUGGCCGCUGGAAGGCCCACCUCAGCUGUGGUGAGUGCCUUUCCCCUCCUCCGGCUGCUCCGUGCCGGGUCGGGAGCAGGGACGGGAGAGGCAGCAGCUCGGCUGCUCGGCCGUGCCAGGGCAUCAGUUUUCCACCACGGGUUGACGGCUGGGGGGAGGUCCGUGCCCAAGGGCUGCAGUGCCAGCGUGCCCCACAGCACCCACAGCCUCUGCAGUGGGGUGCACGCUGGGUCGGGGUGUCUGAAGCGGCUGCAGGGGCUGUGCCGAAGGGACCACGCACCCCAGAACUGGCCAUUGCAUCCGUGGAAUCCCUGAAAUCCCACUGUGCAAAUGAGGGCACAUCAGCACUUUAUUUUGUUGCAGAUGGUAGCGCGGUACUGCCUGUCUUGCACGCUGGCAGUUCCCACUGGUGCAGGCCGUGUCCCUGAUGGAAGACAUAAAUAGCAUCUGCUUAAUAAUACAAGUUUCCUUGAAGUUAGUUAAUUAAAUGGGUCUUUGCAGCCUUGUACAGAGUUUUGUAGGCCUUUUAUUAUCAUCUGUAAGUAUUGCAAGUGAAUUAUUAAUGAUGAAAGGCAAAGAUUUACAAAGGGAAUGAAUGCUGUGGGAGAUGUUCCCAGUGCAGCUGGAGACCCGUUCGAGUCAGAUCUGUCCCUUAGCCUGCUCCGAGGGGACUGAGCGGGGGGCCCCGGGGCAGGCUCUGACGGGGCCGGUACGGCACCUGCCCUGCCCGGGCAUCUUCCUUCUCUCCCAGUCGUGCGCUCAAGCACAGCGGGAUGACUGUAGGUGCUCGCGGCUGCCCUGGGCCUGCUGGCCUUCGCAGAACACGUUACUGUGGGGGUCCAGCUUCUGUUCAGUGAAGCCUCAUUUGCGGUGGUUUCCAUUUCACCGCUGCUCGGGCUCCUCUGGCUCGGCCGCGUGGCAGGGCUGGGUCCAGGAGUGCUCAAGGCUGACAAGAUUUCACUUUUUUCAGAUCCUUUAGCUUGAUUGUGUCAGAGAUCAGAGCUCUCUGCCUCGUGCCAGCGUUCCCAGGCAGCGCCGUGGCGAGCACCGCGCGCUGCCGGCCGCUCUCGCCUCCUGCAGCCCCGGCGGCGCAGGCUGGCGGGGAGAGGGGCUCCUUCCCCCGUGCAGGGUUUGAGCUCCCGGUAGCGAACGCAAAGGGGAGUGUGAGCCAGCGCAGACCAGUCUGCAGAGCUUGAGACGGGUACCCUCACCCGCCGGGGCCGGGAGCUGCUGUCGGUCGGGGGCGCAGGCGGAGCCGCCCCGGCAGCGUGCAAGUGCUGGGCGUGCUGCGGGGAGUUUGCUGCUCUCCGGGGCAAACAAGCUCUCUCCUUCCUGCCACCUCUGCAGUUUAAACAUCCCCCAAUGUCAUUUGGUUAUGCUUUUUAAUGGAAAUAAUUUGUCUUUAAGUUUGGCCUGUGUCCAGACCAGUUGGUCGCUCGCCACCCUGCGGUUUCACACCCAGAAGAGUAAUAAUGAUGAACCGAAACCUUCAUUUGGUAGAAAUGCCAGAUCCCAAGGAUCAAGUGCAAUUUGUAUAGUCUUUAUGUUUACAUUUUAUCUAUAGAGAAAGUAUAUUAUGGUUCUCUAGGCAGGGAGUUGAACUGACUUGAUUCCAGAUCCUCUCCCUGCUCUCGUCCUGUCUGCUGGGAUUUCCAGCAGCCUCCUGCGCCGGGAUGCUGGGAGCCUUGCUGGGAGGUCACAGCCGGAGGGACUGGCUCCAGAUUGGUGCAGCUGCUUUCAAGGAGGUCUGGGGAAAUCCAGGGCUUGGUGACAAGGUGACAGAGUGCCUCAGAGGCUGGGAAACAGACCUGGCCAUGAGCACACAGCAACACGUUCCUCUUGAAUCCCCCUAGAACAGACCCUGUCUCCAAGUUAGCGAUGCGAGGAGGGGCCAGCUCUGGGUGCUGCUCGCCCAUGGCUUGCUCUCAGCAGCUGGGAUCUGAGCGUUCCUAGCUGGAGAGAUAAACCUCAGCACAGCUUAUCUAGAGUCAUGGCAAUUUCUCCUGGGCUCCAGCGGCUGGUGGCGUGCGGGGCGCCGUGGGCCCUUGGGAAGCUGCCGUGGCCGUGUGGGCAGGGGUGCGUGCCCCCCAAAGCAGCUGAGCUCUGCAUGGGGCUGGCAGCCCCGAGCCUCCGGGGCCAUUUGCUGUGUAGUGGCAUGAUGCUCACGCUGUGCUAGAGUACUCUCAAGUGAAAAUGCAACCAUCUUUCAAUCAUUUCUUUAGUGUUUCCCCCACUGCACUACAUUCUCUAGCACAAUCAGAACUGAAGAUGUAAUUUCUUUGUCUGAGUCUCUCUAGCUGUUCCCAAAAGAAAUUCAGUGUUUAAUUACUUUUCUGACUUACUUUGAGGGACUUGGAUGUGGUGUUUCAGGCAGCCGUUGCUGUUAGUACGGUGCUGUGGAUGGGACUGUGCUCUAACUCAGCAGAAACAAGGCAUUUGCUUUCCUGGCCUCUCCUUCAAGAAAGAAAAGAAGCACAUAAUGGAUAUAUGCUUUCUAGCUUUACUUGUGGUAACAAUAAGCACUUUUAAUUGAGCUCCUCAUCGACCCUGAAGAUAAUAAAACAAGCAGAUUAAGUUAUAGGUGGUUAUGAUUUUAAAAUUAGCUUGCAUCCUCUCAGCACUUUUCUUUGGGGAAGUAUUCAAUGCCUUAAAAUUAAAUUAAUUAGCAACACUAUUUUGAAGCUGCUUGACCAAGGGAAAUGCCUCAGAAAGAUUUCAGUCUCUGCCCAUCCAGCCUCUGCCACGGUGCAAGGCUCCUUCCUCGUCCCUGGGCUGUGGGGAAGCCCCGAUCACAGCAGUGCUAAUGCGGGCUCAGGGCUGGCCAAGCACACGCAGCCUGGCUGCAGCAGCGUUAGCAUUAAUUGGCGUGUUCAGAGAAGGAAAAAGGGCGAGCGUUUUGUAAUCUGCAGGCUUUGCUGGAGCUAAUAAGUACAGUUACAAGAGGAUUAGAUUUUAGCUGUUCACAGAGCGGAGGCCAGGUAUGAAUUAGGGGAGCAGCGCAAGCGCCUGUGCCUAAGCUCCUGUGCGGAGAGGACCGUUGGCUGCUCGUGUGCAGAGAAGCACCUGGUAAGCAACCCCCAUCCCUUGGCGCGUCCCAUCAGCUGUCGGUACCUUGUGACUGUAAAGCAGGACCCUGUUCCCGUUGUGUGUCCUCUGGAGGUGCGGCACAGCAGCUCUGUGUGUCGGCAGCCAAAGGCCGGGUGCUUUUGUUGGGGUAACAACAUGGUCCAGCCCUUGAGUCGUCAGAGCCGGUGUCUGGGAGGCUGCACAGUGCGCUUUGCUGCCCUGAUGCGGUAGCAGGAAACCUCCUCUUUCUGGGUUCUGCUUGAUAUUCCUUGUGGGAACAUCUGCACUGGACGUUCCUCGCCGCCAGUGAGAAAAGGCACAGCACAGCCUCUCCUGGGAUGGCUGGAGGGCGAUUCCUGCUGCUCGCUGCAGCUCCGCUGUGCCGGAGGAUUCUUGCAGGAGAGGCCCUUUCCCCCGAGCUCCCUCAUCUGUGGCCCCUGGAUCCUCCCCUCCUGUGCCGUGUCUUGUUUUCCACGAGGAGAGAAGGACGGAUCCUAACGGCACGGCCGGUCUGUGCGCCGCGUCCUGCACAGCAAGGCACGGCGCCUGCAGGAUCGGGCCCUCGGCGCUCCAGGGGCGCGUGAGCAAGUGGGGCCGAGGGCUGUGUCCCCCAGCCCCCGGGGAUGGCCAAAGGCCCUCGGCAGCAUCAGGGCAGGGGCGAUGCGCUGGAGCCACAACUGGGGAGGCUCUGGCUGCAGCCCGACGCGCCGCUGCUCGCUACGGGCAGGACGUGCGGCUUCGGUCGCCGGCGCCCUGCGACGCCCCCCCGGUGCAAAACCAAAACUGGAAUCAAGUUGGUUCAUCUCCAGAUGCUUUUUGAUAUUCAUUAACCAUGUGUUAUAUAUUGUAAAUACAUACUUGAGAAGUCAAUAUAUAUUUUUAUAAGCUUGAAACGAAUGUAAUAUAAUAUCAUAAGGGACACUGUGCAUUUCAUGUUUGAACUAUAGUCAGACAUCUCCAGGGAAUCACUGUAGGUUUGGAAUAAUUAAUGAUAAUAAUAAUGAAAAAUGGUAAUAAAGAUCUAUUGACAUUUUUGUUAAUUUUGUAUUUAUUAAGCUAUUUAAAGAUUGCAAUAAUGAGAUACCUAAACAACUAAA